UUUACGAUGAUAAAAUAAACAAAUAUAAUCAUUAGGCAUGUUAUGUAUCAAGUUAAAUGUGUUGCUGUCGAUCCUAGUGACCUAUUAAUGCGAAAGAUCUGAGUCUUAUUUUUAAAAAUAAGAUUGGAAUUUAGAGGAAAAGCAGAAUAAAUUUCAAUUCUAUUCCAUAAACUAUUAUAGUGAUAAUCAGUAAAAUUAAUAAAAAGGCCAUACAUCUAAUAGUUUAGAAAAAAUAAUUACAAUAAUAGGAAAUGUAGGGGAAUUAUUUAUUUUGAAUAGCCGAUGAUGUGAAUUUCUGCUAUAUUUAAAAGGAGAUAAAGAAAAAUCUAUGAUAUUUAAUACAUUACUAUACAGUUAUAAAGUACAACCAUGAAUGCCU